AUGACAUCUUCUGAAACGGAGCCAUUGUUAAGAAAGGAUUCUUCUACAAUAGAGAUAUUGGAUGAAACGUCAAUAAAUUCAACAUUAAUAGAACCACCAGAACUAGGAGAUCAAGAAGAGACGUUAUUUGAAAAAAUUAAAGCCCUGAUGCUAAAAUUUUCAGAAUGGAUCGAUUUUUUAUCAAGUUUUAUACCUUUUGUUAAUCGAGAUAAAAGAAAUGGGAGAGCAACUACUUUAUCUAAAAUCCUAAGAGAUAAUUUCGAAAAAAAUAAAUUAAAAAUAUUCAUCGGUACAUGGAAUAUGCACGGAAAAUUACCACCGAAUGGUCUUUCACCUUUUAUUGAUUUUCCUAAUUAUGCUGAAAGUGAUAUAAAGAAUGGACACCAUUUCAAAAAAAAUUCGAAACAUCCCUAUCAUAUCUUGGUUAUUGGUACUCAAGAAUGUCAACAUAACAUUAAACACUCGGUCCUUUUCCCUUCAAAAGAAGAAUGGGAACAAAGGUUAAAAAAUCAUUUGGGGGAUGAAUAUGUUUUGAUUAAAACUGAAACCAUGGCCGCUUUACAUUUGGCCGUAUUCGUAUGGGCUCGUUGUAAUGAUUGGGUAAAAGGUUAUCAACAUGAUGAAGUUCCAACCGGGUUAGCAAAUUUGUUUGGAAAUAAAGGUGGAAUUGGUAUUUCAUUAUUAUUUGGCAACACUUCUUUUUGUUUCAUAAAUAGUCACUUAGCUGGUAACACAUCAAAGUUUGAUUAUACAUUUUGGUUCGGUGAUAUGAACUAUCGAGUUAACUUGUCAAGAGAACGUGCGGAACAUUUAAUUGCUGAAAAAAAUAUUAUUGAGUUAUUAAAACAUGAUCAACUAACAAGUGAAUUAAACCAAUUUCCAUACUUUAAAAAUUUUCAUGAAGCUCCAAUAGAUUUUUAUCCAACAUUUAAAUUUGACACGCAUAAAUCAAGACAAGAUCGGCGAUCUCAAUCUGCUCCAGAUUUAAUUGAAUCGAUGGAGUCAGAUAUAUUUCAUUAUGAUUCUUCCGUUAAACAACGGGUGCCAAGUUGGACAGACAGGAUUUUAUGGAAAUCAAAAUCAGAUAAGAAAAAAGUUAAGGUUGAAUCAUAUACUUCUCACAUGGAUGUUGCUUUUGCUGGAUUCUCUGACCAUAGACCUGUUACUGGUUGUUUCUGGGUUGAUUUUGAUUGGAAUCAAACUUUGAAGGACAAAAAGAAAAGAUCUAAAAGGAGAAAAUUCAUCAAAUUCUUUUAA